UUUCGUAUCCUGUGUUUUGCAUACAAUUGAUUAAAUUUAACUCUAGAAAAUUUAUUCUCUCUCUUACGACUUGAGGAUAAAUUGAUAUUCUUACUUAGAUGACCAUUCGAGCCGAUAUUUUCUUUAUUUUUCAUCAUCAACUUUCAGACUCGAUUGUCCGAAUGCCGAAUGCCUACAAUCUAGUUCAUCUUAUCCGCGAUUGUACCAGUAAACGCCGUUUCUCCCACGGCCAACAGCUUCAUUUGCAGGUUCUCAAAUCUGGGAUCAUCUCCAACAUAUUCGUCUCCGCAUCUCUGAUAAAUUUCUAUAUCAAGUUCGAGCUCGUUCACGAUGCCCACUAUCUGUUCGACGAAAUUCCUGAACCAGCUCUGGUUUCUUGGAACUCUUUGAUUUCGGGGUAUGUUCAUUCUGGUAAGUUUCAUCGAGCGUUAAAAUUGUUUUCUCAGCUUGAAAAAUCCAAUCUUGCUGCGGAUUCGUAUUCGUUCACCGCAGCUCUGUGUGCUUGUGGCCAACUGAACAGAGUGAAGGAUGGGAAAUCUUUGCAUUCCAAGAUUGUGAAAUAUGGUGCUGGAUGCAGCGUGUUUGUGGCUAAUUGCUUGAUUGAUAUGUACGGGAAAUGCGGCUGCGUUUCCGACGCGUUGAAGGUUUUCGGAGAAAUUGCUGAGAAGGAUAUAAUUUCAUGGAACUCUGUUCUUGCUGCAAAUGCUAGGAACGGGGUGCUUGAUGAGGCGUUCGCUGUUUUUAGUCGAAUGCCUAAUCCCGACACCAUCUCGUACAAUGAGCUAAUAGAUGGCGUUGCAAAGUAUGGAGUGGUGGAAGAUGCAAUAUCUCUGCUUUUAAGGAUGCCAAACCCGACCUCGUCUUCCUGGAAUGCGAUCAUAACAGGGUAUGCGAACAGGGGAAGAGGCAUAGAUGCUGCGAGGUUUUUCUCCAAGAUGCACUCAUGUGGUGUUCGUAUGGAUGAGUUCACGUUUUCGAGUGUUCUUAGCAGUAAUGCUGGACUGUCCUCUCUCACGUUAGGUGGUUUGACGCAUUGCUGCGCAUUGAAGUUUGGUUUUAAUGAGCAUGUUGUGGUGGGGAGUGCGCUUAUCGACAUGUACUUCAAGUGUGGUGCGGUGGAGGAGGCGGAGAGGUUGUUUGAGUCCCUCCCCAAGAAGAAUUUAGUCACUUGGAACGCGUUUUUAUCAGGCUAUGCACACAAUGGUGACACGAAGAAAGUGUUUGAGCUCUUCGAGCAAUUGAAAGGGGCUAAAGAUUUGGAGCCGGAUGAGAUCACAUUCCUCAAUGUUCUAUCCGCGUGCUGGCAUGGUGGGGCUCGUUUAGACGUUGUGAGGGGCUACUUUGACGUGAUGAGGAUUGAGUAUAGGGUUGAUCCGACACCGGAGCAUUGUUGUUUGGUGAUAAAGGUGAUGGGGCAAGAAGGGGAUGUAAGGGGUGCUGAGGGGAUGAUUGGUGAGCUUGGGUUCGGAUCUUGUGCGAUGGUUUGGAAGGCGUUGCUUGGUGCUUGUGUGAGCUGUGGGGAUGUUCGGGUGGCAGAGGUUGCAGCUGGGAAGGCGGUGGAGCUCGAGGGGGAUAAUGAGUUUGUGUACGUGGGCUUGUCGAAUGUGUAUGCUGAACAUGGGGAUUGGGACGGGGCGGCGAGGGUGAGGAGGGCGAUGAAGGAGAGAGCGGUGAGGAAAGAAGUUGGUUAUAGUUGGAUUGAGCUUCAAGAGUAGAGUUUCGUGAUGGCGGCUUAUGGUGCUGCCAUUUCUCUCAAGAAUACGAUCCAGCUUAUUCUAAAAUCGCCUCGUAUUUCGCUGGUUCCCCCCUCUCCUCAAAUCAUACAACCCGCCUACGACGCCAUGUGUCGGUUGC